CGGUAUUAUUAGCCACCCAACCAAAGGUAUCGAAUUUUCCCCCUUUUCACAAAGGAAAAAAGAAACCAACAGGGUGUAAGCCAUUUACUAUCUCUCUAGUAACAGCAAGAGAGAGAGAGAGAGAGAGAGAAUCAAGGGUUCCGAAUUAUACGAUUGAUAGAACUGAAGCAAGUGUGGAAAUGGCGACACUUCAGACAUGGAGGAAAGCGUACGGCGCUCUUAAAGACCAGACUAAAGUCGGCCUUGCCCAUGUCAAUUCCGAUUUCAAGGAUGUGGAUGUGGCGAUCGUGAAGGCUACUAAUCAUGUGGAGUGCCCACCCAAAGAGAGACACAUCAGAAAAAUUUUGGUUGCCACAUCAUCGAUUCGACCUCGCGCUGAUGUUCAGUACUGCAUACAUGCACUUGCUAGAAGAUUGGCAAAGACACACAACUGGACGGUUGCACUGAAAACAUUGGUAGUUAUUCAUAGAACACUGAGAGAAGGUGAUCCAACAUUUAGGGAGGAACUCGUGAAUUUCCAACAAAGAGGGCGAUUUCUCCAAAUGUCCAAUUUCAAGGACGAUUCUAGCCCUAUCGCUUGGGAUUGCUCUGCGUGGGUAAGAACGUAUGCACUCUUUUUGGAAGAAAGACUUGAAUGCUUUAGGGUUCUUAAGUAUGACAUUGAAGCCGAACGUCUUCCUAGACCUGCACAAGCCCAAGACAAGGGUUACAGUAAAACUAGAGACUUGGACAGUGAAGAACUUCUAGACCACUUGCCUGCUUUGCAGCAGCUGCUAUACCGUCUUAUUGGAUGUCGGCCUGAAGGAGCAGCUAUGGGCAAUUAUGUAAUUCAGUAUGCACUCGCCUUGGUGCUGAAAGAGAGCUUUAAAAUAUACUGUGCCAUAAAUGAUGGGAUAAUCAAUCUUGUUGACAAGUUUUUUGAAAUGGCAAGACACGAAGCAAUUAAAUCCCUCGAUAUAUACAAAAGAGCUGGUCAGCAGGCCACUAGUCUGUCCGAUUUUUAUGAAAUUUGCAAAGGUCUUGAACUUGCUAGAAAUUUUCAAUUCCCUGUGUUGAGAGAGCCACCACAAUCAUUUCUCGUCACAAUGGAAGAGUAUAUAAAAGAAGCACCGAGGAUGGUUUCGGUACCAAGUGUCACCUUGGUCAGUGCAUAUAUAUUUGGCUUUACAGUAGUUCCAUCUGACACUACGCCGUUCGAUUUUGAUGCUUACGAAACGAAAAAAUUCGAACCUAGUGGCUGGGAACUUGCACUGGCUUCUACUCCCAGCACCAAUUUAUCAACCGUUCAGGAGAGGCAAUUGGGCGGUGGAUUGGAUUCACUUAUACUCGACAGUUUGUACGAUGAUGGUGCGUAUAGAGGAGCAUCAAAACAACCUGCUCCCAAUCCGUUUGAAGUGAACGAUCCAUUUGCUGCAGUUCCUAAUCCUCCACUUGCUGCAGUUCCUAACCCUCCAACGGGUCAAACCAACAACCCGUUUGGACCAUUUGAACCCGUUUACCCACAGCCUGAACAGCUGCAGCAACAAUCGUUCGUUAGCCCGCAAAAUCCUUUUGGUGACACAGGUUUCGAAACAUUUCCACCCCCCGCCCCUGUUUCCACCCCUGUUUUUACCCCCGCCCCUGUUUCCACCCCUGUUUUUACCCCUGCCCCUCCUCCUGCCUUUGCUCAAACACACGCAAUGAAUCCAUUUGGGAGCACAGGGAUUGUAUAAUAAUAAAGAUGCGUAUAUAUAUAUAUACAGAAUGUAAUGUACUCGGCGAAUAGAUGAUUUUAUCGGUAUAGUUCUUGAAAUGAGUGGCAGUGCUACUAUUGCGUAGUCUUCCUCUAAGCAUAGUAGUGCUUGUCUUGAGUUUUUGUAAAGAUAUUUCAGUGGUUUAGUAAAUCUAUUUCUUUGUUUAUAUGAUAUGAUGAUAAUUUUUUUUUUC